UCCCCUGAUUACUCUCUCCUCUGUUCUGCUCUGCUGUUCGUCGCCCAGCCUAGAUUAGGGAUGAUCAGGGAUUAGAUUAGUGACAGAGGCCCGAUUAAACAAGUGAUCAAACUCACUGUUAAUUUGUUUAAUCACUGCUGAUUGAUGCUGCUGCUGCUGCUGUGAUUUUUUUAGGGCUAAAGAGUCCAAGACGAGAGAGAUUCAGAGUUGUCGUGUGUGUAUAAACAGAUUUGGAGUUGUUGCGAAAUUUCUUGGGGAGGAGAGGAGGAAGAGUGUGACUCUGAAUCUCUGUCUCUGAAACUCAGAGAGGGAGAGAGAGAGAGAGAGAGAGAGAGAGAGAGAGAGAGAGAGAGAGAGAGAAGAUGGCAGGAGGGUUCGGCGGCGGCGGCGGCGAGGCGAUCGCCGGGAGGGCGGAGCAGUACGAGGGGAAGAUCACCGGAUACUUCAUCCUCGCCUGCAUCGUCGGCUCCUUCGGCGGGUCACUCUUCGGCUACGAUCUUGGAGUCUCCAGUGGUGUGACGGCCAUGGACGAUUUCUUGAUCAAGUUCUUCCCGGAGGUGUACGCGCGGAAGAGCGCGCACCUGCACGAGACGGACUACUGCAAGUACGACAACCAGGUGCUGACCCUCUUCACCUCCUCCCUCUACUUCGCCGGCCUCGUCUCCACCUUCGCCGCCUCCCACCUCACCAGGCGCCGCGGCCGCCGCGCCACCAUCAUGGUCGGCGCCGUCAGCUUCUUCCUCGGCGGCGCCGUCAACGCCGCCGCCGCCAACGUCGCCAUGCUCAUCGCCGGCCGCCUCCUCCUCGGCGUCGGCAUCGGCUUCGGCAACCAGGCCGUCCCCCUCUACCUCUCCGAGAUCGCCCCCUACAACAUCCGCGGCGCCGUCAACCAGCUCUUCCAGCUCACCACCUGCCUCGGCAUCCUCGUCGCCGACGUCAUCAACUACUUCACCGACAAGAUCCACCCGUGGGGGUGGAGGCUGUCGCUGGGGCUCGCCAUGGGCCCCGCCACCGCGAUCUUCGUCGGCGCGCUGUUCUUGCCGGAGACGCCCAACAGCCUCGUCGAGAUGGGGCGGCUGGAGGAGGCGAGGCGGGUGCUGGAGAAGGUGAGGGGGACGAGGAAGGUGGACGCCGAGUUCGAGGAUUUGAGGGAGGCGAGCGAGGCGGCGAGGGCGGUGCGCGGCACGUUCAGGAGCCUGCUCGCCGCGCGCAACCGGCCGCAGCUCAUCAUUGGGGCGCUCGGGAUCCCGGCGUUCCAGCAGCUGUCCGGGAUGAACUCCAUACUCUUCUACUCGCCGGUCAUCUUCCAGAGCCUCGGCUUCGGCAACUCCGCCGCGCUCUACUCCUCCAUCAUCACGGGAUCCAUGCUCGUCGUCGGCGCGCUCGUCUCCAUGGUCGUCGUCGACCGCCUCGGCCGCAGAUUCCUCUUCAUCGAGGCCGGCAUCCAGAUGAUCUCCUCCAUGGUGGUGGUGGCGGUGAUCCUGGCGCUCAAGUUCGGGCACGGCGAGGAGCUAUCGAAGGGCGUGGGCACGGUGCUGGUGGUGGCGAUCUGCCUGUUCGUGGUGGCCUACGGGUGGUCGUGGGGGCCGCUGGGGUGGCUGGUGCCGAGCGAGCUGUUCCCGCUGGAGAUGAGGUCGGCGGGGCAGAGCGUGGUGGUGUGCGUCAACCUGUUCUGGACGGCGGCGGUGGCGCAGUGCUUCCUCGCCGCCAUGUGCCACCUCCGGUGGGGGGUGUUCAUCCUCUUCGCCGCGCUCAUCGUCGUCAUGUCCAUCUUCGUCAUCCUCCUCCUGCCGGAGACCAAGCAGGUGCCCAUCGAGGAGAUCUGGAUGCUCUUCGACAAGCACUGGUAUUGGAAGCGCAUCGUCAGGAAGGACCCCAAGUAUCAGGGCCACCACCACCACCAGAUGGCCGCCAUGCCAACCGCCGCCGCCAAGUCCGGCUCGUCGGAGGUUUAGAUGAUGAUGAUAAUGAAUUGAUGAUGGUUUAAUAAGGUUUUAGUGGGUGGUGAUUAAGACUUGAUCUUGAAUUGUUCAUGUGGCAGUAGCUUUUUUGAUCUUCGAUUGAUGCAAAAGAAGAGGUCAGAGGGUUAAUGCAUGUGUGUGCUCGUGUGUCUAUAGUUUUAGUUUCAUGUUCUUCAGAAUUCGAUUCAGUGUAGUGGUGGGCUGAUUAAUGGAUCUUGAUGAUGCACAAGGAAUGCAGUGUUCUGAAUUCUUGAAA